CUAGUCGGCAUAAGUGUUUUGACAAAAUAAACGCUGCAAGUUUUACAACACCAAAUUUUGUCAAAAUAAUACAAAGAUCGGAGCACACCGUAUCCAAAAACCUUAUUCAUAGCCAGCCAUUUUUUAAUCGUAGAAGUAUGGUAAUACUAGGAGAGUAGUCCAUAAAUUGGACUAUAGGAUUCACUCUUUUUAGAUUGAAUGUCCUAUUUAUAGUGUACCAAGAAACAUUCAGUUCAACGAAAUAUCCAGUUCCAACCUCAUGGCGCCAGGGCAAAUACUAGGGAGUUGCAAUGCCCGAGCCACCACGUUGAGCAAACAAUGCGAUUGCCACUAUGCAAUCGUCCUCGGUCAAUUAUACCGGAUGGCUCCCGAUAAGGAGCGAGGUGCAGACCACGUCCCAGACCAAAGUUGAGAAGCCCGUCAGUCGAUUCCUUCGAUGUCGGCGACAUGUUGGCAAGCUUGAACCGGAUCACUGGCCUUCCCGCCGAACUGCUGGAUCUCUACGGGCUGGUGGUUCACUUUCUGCUGAGGGGAGAGACCACACUGGUGUACUACAAUCCCGCAGGACUCGACUGCAGUUGGGGGGUCCUGUGGCAGCGGAACCUGACUGUCCAUCCGCAGAUCGUGUGGCAGCGCAACUAUUCAUACCCGGACCUUUACGAUCAGUUCAAUGCGGAGCUCUUUGUGCUGGCUUGCUUGCCGAUGGACUCCACAGCUGCAAUUCAACUAGAAACCCUAGCCAAUAGCCUAAGCCACCUGCGUACGGUGGUUCGAUUGCUUAUCGAAGUGGCAGGUCCUGAUCAAGAAUCGCUGGCCAGGCAGUAUCUCUCGUUUUGUCUGCGCCGGAGCAUGCUGCAUGUGGAGCUGUACUUCCGGGACUACCACCACUCCCUGAUCCUCUACUCCUUCCAAGUGUUUCCCAGUUUCGAGCUGGUAAUGCGUCGGAUUUCAGGCGGUCAAGGCGUGAAAUUGUUUCUCCAUAAAUUGGAUGAUCUGAGGGGACAUCGUCUGCGUGUAAUUCCGGAUCUCUCGCCGCCUAACACCUUCUUCUAUCGCGAUGCCAGGGGCGACAACCAGGUGACCGGUUACCUGUGGGACUUCGUGGCCACUUUUGCCGGUCGGGUUAAUGCUGGUCUGGAGGUAGUUCGUCCCAGUUGGCGGGCGGGUUCGGCCUCUGAUAGUUCCUACAUGUUGGAGUACUCCGCGAAGGGCCUCAUAGACGUGGGCCUGACCACCACGCUGAUCACGAAGCGGAAUCACUGGGCCAUCCAUCAGUAUACCUAUCCGCUAUUGGUCUCCAGCUGGUGCACUAUGUUGCCGGUGGAAAAGCCAUUGGCAACUCCAGAUCUAUUUGGACGGAUCGUGUGUCCAGCGUUGGCGAUGACCCUGCUACUCAUCAUCCUCGUAACCUGGCUGGUGUUCAGGCAUCUGCGUUGCCUGGCACGUUGGAAGAACUCAAGACCGGCGCGGAUCGUGCCCCACCUGCUGGCCCUGCUCCUGCUGACCACCUGCAGUGCCCAACUGCUAUCGCUCCUGAUCUUCCCGCCCUACCACGUGAGAAUAGCCAGCUUUGAGGAUCUGCUUCGCGGUGACCAGAAGAUCCUGGGCAUGCGAAACGAGUUCUACGACUUGGAUGGGGCUUUCCGGGCGCGGUAUGCAGGCGUAUUUCACCUGAUUGACGAUCCCAACGAGCUGUACGAUCUGCGCAACCACUUCAACACAACGUGGGCCUACACCAUGGCCUACAUAAAGUGGCUGGUGAUUAAAACCCAGCAGCGACACUUUUCCAAACCGGUUUUCCGUUGGUCUAAGGAUCUCUGCUUCUUCGACUUCAUGCCCACCAGCGUUAUUGUGGCCCCCGAUUCGAUUUACUGGGAGUCCUUAAAGGACUUCACCUUUCGUAUCCACCAAGCAGGUCUAAUGAAGCACUGGGUCCGAAAGAGCUUCUACGAUAUGGUCAAGUCCGGCAAGAUGAGCAUUAAGGACUAUAGCGAUCUGGAGACUAUUAAGCCCCUGAAUAUCCGGGACUUGGAUAUCGUCUGGCGGGUCUGUGGAGCAGCUAUCGCAGUGGCCUCUGCGAUUUUCCUGAUGGAGCUUUUGUAUUUUUACAUCAACGUGUUUCUCAAUAGCUUGUAAGGUAUU